AUGAACUUACCAUUGUCUGAUCUAGGUAUCCCCAGUGGCGACACCGUGAUCAAGCUUUCGACUCUGCUACCACUCGCGGUCGUCUUCGCGCAUCUCGUUCCACGGUCUAUACCAGGCCCAUUCCUGGCCAAGUUUUCUGACAUCUGGCUGGGUUGGGUGAGUAGCCUUGGCCACCGCUCGGACGUCGUCCACGAGCUCCACAAGAAAUACGGACCGUUGGUUCGACUGGCGCCGAAUCAUGUGUCCGUAGCGGACCCGGAUACUCUGCAAGUAGUCUAUGCCCAUGGAAACGGAAGCCUGAAAUCCGAUUUUUAUGACGCCUUUGUUUCGAUCCAGUCCGUCUUGGAGUUCGAGCCAAUCGCACGGUCUUACAUGGUCCAGCUCUUUCAACAGUGGGACCGCCUUUAUGAUUCGGCACUCAAGGGGAAUUCAGGUGAUGACGGGGAAGGUGGUUGGUAUGGCCGAGAUGGGAUGCUUUGGUUUGACUGCUUACCCUUGCAGGUUGCAGUAUCACACAAGGAUGCAAUGGGUUCAUAUGGUUCGGAGCAUGAGUGUGAGGUUAUUCACAUUCCUGCUGUUCAAAUUCUCAACCGCCGUGGGGAAUACUCUGCUUCAAUGGGGGUUCUUCCUCCACAUUGGAGACCAUACGCUCGGUUACUUCCAUGGUAUCGCCAGGGUAGCGAAGCUGUCGAAAAUCUCGCAGGGAUCGCCGUUGCUGCUGUCGCUAAGCGGUUGACGACGCCCACGGAUCGAGUUGACCUUCUCAGCAAGCUUCAAGAGGGUCGAGACGAUGAGGGGAGGCCCAUGGGCAAAGAAGAACUGACCGCCGAGGCGCUCACACAGCUCAUCGCAGGCUCAGACACCACUUCAAAUUCAUCCUGCGCCAUAUCGUAUUACAUAGCUCUCCACCCGCGUGUCCAGGAAAAACUCCAGAAGGAGCUCGACGAGGCAUCAGGUACUGAGGACGAUGGUGUAUUCACUUACGAACAGGUCAAGCGAUUACCUUACCUGGAAGCUGUCAUCAACGAAGGUUUGCGCGUUCACUCCACUUCCUCACUGGGCCUUCCUCGAGUGGCUCCUGAGGGUGGUUUAACUAUCAAAGGCGUUCAUUUCCCUCAAGGAACUGUUCUGAGCGUACCUACAUACACUAUCCACCGCGAUACACAGGCGUGGGGCGAAGACGCGGAUCAGUUUCGUCCUGAACGGUGGUUUGAGCGUGACCAUGCAGCAAUGCAGAAGGCUUUCAACCCGUUCUCAUAUGGACCGAGAGCAUGUGUUGGACGUAACCUUGCUUCCAUGGAAUUACUUAUUAUAAUCUCAUCUAUCUUCCGGAGAUACCACUUCGUUCUCGCCGAGCCCGAUAAGCCACUGGACACGCGCGAAGGCUUCCUGAGAAAGCCAUUGGAGUGUCGUGUGGGAAUCAAGCGCAGAGGUAUUUGA